CUGCACUUUACUGGGUAAUUACGGUAUCGGCUUUUCCUGAUUGGUCGGGUUUCUUCACAAGCAGUGGGCCGUUGAGAAUCUCGGUAUUCGGUCUAGCACCAAAUGCAGCUUAGCGAGUAUCAACAGGAGUCGAAUAGCAACCUCAACCUCUGUCUUUUACUGCACUGGAGGCGAUGGAUCGUGGUGGACCUGCGAUACGGGUUGUUUCAUCGCAAGCGGAACGCAUCCAUUCGCAAUGCACCUCAGGGUCCCUGAUGGCGCACGACUUUCCCCGUCACCCCACUUGAUGCCCCCUUCGUCGGCUAGAGUUUGGGUCUGUGUGCCCAGGUGGUGGUGGGAGGGAACUGCCUGAUAUAAGACUCCCCUCAAUGCCAAUGCUGUGACCUCUUUCUCUCUCUCUUCCUAUCACGCUGGACCGGUUCGAUCUUUUCAACCAGACUUUUUCGACAGUUGCACAGGCUAGUCCUGUUACAUUCCUUUCCAAAACUUUGGUGUUCUGCCUGUGGCAUACACCGACAUUCCUUUCUGGACCACGAAAAGCAACAAAGAGAUUCUGUCUUCCUGUAUACUCAGCGGAUUCUAUCUAUCCUUCUGCUCUAGCACUAAGACACUCUUGACCUCUUCGUGCUCAUCAAUCCGAUAUAUAUAUUCUGAUACGUCUGGUACGAUCAGGAUACAGUCCACUCUUUCAACUGUUGAACUGUUCUUGAAUUCAGCGAAAUCGUCCAAAAAUCCCUCACAAUGUUCGGCAAAUCCAACGUCGUUGCAGCUACCUUGCUCGGUGCCUCCCUUGUCAGGGCCCACAUGCUUCUGGUCGACCCCGUUCCCUACAACUUCAAGUCGUGGGAUAACUCCCCGCUCCUGGAAGACGGAAGCAACUUCCCUUGCAAGGAAACCGACUACACUGUCACCGAGGAGAAUAUCUUGGCAAAGGGUCAGACCCACUCCUUGACGUUCCAGGGUAGCGCCACCCAUGGUGGUGGUUCGUGCCAAAUCAGUAUCACCUCGGAUCGUGCUCCUACCAAGGACACCCAAUGGAGCGUCAUCAAGUCGAUUGAGGGAGGAUGCAUGGACCCCAAUGAAGGUGCGACCAACGUUGGUGACAACGCUGCCAUGAAGAGCGCGUUCUCCCCCUCGUUCACCAUUCCCGACAGCUUCGCCGACGGCCAAUAUACACUUGCCUGGACCUGGUUCAACCGAAUUGGAAACCGCGAGAUGUACAUGAACUGUGCGCCUAUCACCAUCACUGGUGGUUCGACGAAGCGAUCCGAGGUCUCUGCUCUGGAGAAGCGCGAGGAAUUCCCUCCCCUGUUCAUCGCAAACAUCAACGGCUGCAAGACCAAGGAGACCAAGUCGCCCCGCUUCCCUAAUCCCGGUAGCGUCGAGUCUUUCAACGAGGUGAACCUCAUCGGUGAGGGUGAGAAUGUCUGCAACGAGGGUGCCCCAACAUGGGGCGAUGCUGGUUACAGCAGUGGUGGCGGCUCCGCCCCUGAACCCACUCUUACCGAGCCCGCUACCACUGAGCCUGCCACUACUUCCACGCCGGUUGCCGCUCCCACGGAAGAUCCCACUUCCUCUAUCAGUGUCGGCCUCACAAUCGGUGCUCCCGUUCCAGACUUCACUGCCGCUCCCGUGCCCACUACCCUGACUGCUCUACCGAGCCCAGUCGUGCCCACUUCAUCGGUCGUCGAGUCCGUCGCUCCUGCACCCACCGCUGCACCUAGCACCCCUCCCACUUCCACUGAGGGAGCUCUCUCUGGACCCUGCACAGAGGACGGUGUCUGGCACUGCAUUGGCGGCUCCUCCUUCCAGCGCUGCGCGAGCGGCGCUUGGACUCCAGUCCAGCCCCUGGCCAUGGGUACCGAGUGCACCCCCGGCCAGACCAAGGAUUUCACCGUCAAGGCAAUCGAGAUCAAGUCUCGCAUGCUCAAGGAGAAGCGCUCCCGCCGGCGCUCGCACGGCCACGUCCACGCGUACUCUGAGUAAACAAUCCACCAUCCGCUGGUUCGGAUGGCACGUUGUACAACUCACGCGUGCUUCCAUUCGUUUCCACUCGCACUUCGUUCCGCAUGAUUGGACCUUGUACUUAACACCUUGAUUUUUCGUUCUCCUGUAUUUAACAACAACAUUUUCCUGGCGACGGCGGGUUUGAGUUAGCAAAAUCUCGAAUACACGGCAUUGAGCGCUAGAUACCACAUCUUCAUGGUUACCCUUGUCUUUGGGUUCUCUAUUCAUGGAUGAAACAUUGAAACUGCAUGAAAUUAUAGAGUGACAUUUGUCAUCGUUGUACAAAC